CCAAAGAAAUAGUCUAAUGCUACUCGGUACUCAACGCAUCAAAUUUUAUGUUUUCUUCGUUGCAUCCCCUGUCCCUCCCGCCUUCACGAACAACACCCAUGUUGGAAUAAUCGUCGUCUUCACAGAGCCUUGCUCAAAUCGCCGGAAUCGUCGUCACCAUAGUGGUGGAGGAACUAAAGUGAGGCAACCCAAGAGACAGUGAAUUGCCUUGUUAGUUCUGGACAACUUGAAUUGAUCAAUAAACAAAUAAACUUAAAACUAUUUAUCCAAAUGCCCCUUAAAACUCGUUCUUGAACGACAAGUUACAACGUGAAAGAAAUACGACACUAUCGCCUUCCAUCUCCGGUCGCACCUUCAUCUCCGGCCACAGUUCCAGCCGGCGAUUCUGCCUCCGUCCAGUUGGUGGCGACUACCCCUCCGUCCACUCCUCCAGCCAGCGAUUUCACCUCAGGGCAGGUUGACUGGUUUCUUCAUCCUGGUUGACGAAGACGAAGACUACUCAAUUGAAGCCCAUUUGUGCAUAUGCGAAAGCUCGUAAAUACGAAAACUGCAAUAAGUAAGCUUUAUAGAUGAACCAAAUUUCGUCAUGCCCUUUACAUCACUUUACUCAGUUGCUUAAAACAUGCAUUUCCCAGAGAGAUCUCCUAACCGGAAAAUCCCUCCACACCCUCUAUAUUAAAACCGUCAUCCCUACUUCCAUCUUCCUUUCCAAUCACUUCAUCCUCCUCUACUCCAAAUGCCGCCGCCUCUCCGCGGCCCGCAACGCCUUUGAUGUUAUCCCACAUCCAAAUGUCUUCUCCUUCAACACAAUCGUCUCCGCUUACGCGAAAGAAUCCCAACCCCUCAUUGCCCACCAGCUGUUCGACCAAAUUCCUCAACCAGAUAUUGUGUCUUACAACACCCUCAUUUCAGCUUACGCAGAUCGAGGAGACACCCAGCCAGCUCUUCACUUGUUUAUGGAUAUGCGUGAGUUGGGUUUUGACAUGGAUGGCUUUACAUUUUCCGCUGCCAUCACUGCUGCUUGUAAAAACAUUUCUUUGACACGUCAGCUUCAUAAAUUGGCAAUUUCAGGUGGCUUUAAUGCUUAUACUUCGGUCAAUAACAGCCUCAUCACGUAUUAUAGCAAAAAUGGGUAUCUGGAAGAGGCCAAAUCCAUUUUUUAUGAUAUGGGUAGCAACAAAGACGAGGUGACAUGGAAUUCAAUGAUCGUGGCACAUAGCCAGCAUCGAGAAGGAUUAAAAGCACUUGCAUUGUAUCGGGAAAUGGUUCAUUUGGAGUUACCAAUUGAUUUGUUUAGUUUCGGUAGUGUCUUAUCUGCAUUUACCUGCCUGGAAGAUUUACAUGGUGGGCUUCAGUUCCAUUGUCAAUUAAUCAAGAAAGGUUUCCACCAAAAUACCCAUGUAGGAAGCGGAUUGAUUGAUCUCUAUUCAAAAUGUCACGGUGGCAUGUCAGAUUGUAACAAAGUAUUUCAAGAAAUUAUGGAACCGGAUAUAGUCCUAUGGAACACCAUGGUUUCUGGGUAUUCUCAGAACGACAAUCUUUCAGAAGAAGCUCUCUCUUGUUUUAUACAGAUGCAAAGAGAAGGUUACCACCCAGAUGAUUGCACCUUUGUUUGUGUAAUCAGGGCAAGCUCUAAUCUCUCCUCACCAUCUCAAGGCAAACAGCUUCAUUCUCUUGCUCUUAAAUCUGACAUCCCAUCAAACAAAAUCUCUGUAAACAAUGCACUGAUCUCCAUGUACUCCAAAUGUGGAAACUUGCAAGAUGCACGCCGACUGUUUGACAAAAUGCCAGAGCAUAAUACGGUCACAUUCAACUCACUAAUCACAGGCUACUCAAAUCAUGGGUUUCAAAUAGAGGCAUUGGAUCUUUUCCAACACAUGCUUAACACAAACAUAUCCCCCACAAGUAUAACCUUCAUAUCUAUCUUAUCAGCAUGUGCACACACAGGAAAAGUUGAAGAAGGCAGAAAGUAUUUUACUUUAAUGACUGAAAAGUUUAAUAUCGAACCAGAAGAAGAACACUUUUCAUGUAUGAUAGAUCUUUUGGGUCGAGCAGGUAAACUUGAUGAAGCUGAAAGACUGAUUGAGUCAAUGCCGGUCAAACCUAGUACAGUCUCAUGGGGUGCUUUACUUGGAGCAUGUAGAAUUCAUGGAAAUCUUGAAUUAGCAGUAAAGGCAGCUAAACAAUGUCUUGUUCUAGAUGCUUCUAAUGCAACCCCUUAUGUGGUUCUAUCACACAUGUAUGCUAGGGCUAACAAAUGGGAAGAAGUGGGAAGAGUCAGACAGUUAAUGAGAGACAAUGGGGUGAAAAAGAGUCCGGGGUGUAGCUGGAUUGAGGUAAACAAGAAAGUACAUGUUUUUGUUUCAGAAGAUAGUUGUCACCCCAUGUUGAAGGAGAUUAAUGAGUUUUGGGAAGAGUUGUUGAAGAAGAUGAAGGAAGUUGGAUAUAGAGAUUAUGGAAUUGUUGAAGAAGAUGAAUGUGGGAAGUUGUGUUUGGAUUAUUGAUGAGUACAGAGGGAGAGAGUUUGUAUGUGGUGAAGAGAUGUGAGAAAGUUUCAUUGUUUUUAAGGAAGGAAAAUGUUUGAUGUGGAGAUUAUUGUUGAUUGAUUUUUUACACAUAUGACAAUUCAAGAAGAUAUUUAAACAGAAACCCUUUUGAGAAGAAACCAUGAGGAGAGGGAAUCACUACAAGUGGAAGGUCAAAAAAAGAAUUGCAUUUACAUUUUACGUUACACAAAAAAGCAUUGACGAGCUAUCUAUCAAAGCAAAAGUCAUUUUAAGGUAGAAAAGCAAUGCUUGUUACACAAGUGUGAUGGCGAUUUGCUCCCAUGAUAUGAUUACUUUUGUGUAUGCCGGCUGAAUGAGACUCUCGUAUAUCUUAUGAUGGCAUUGACGAGCUAUCUAACCGGCUGUAAGGUUUCACAGAUUUUAUUUUACCUUGUUUAUUUAAUCUAGUUUUUAUUACUCAACAACAUAUUUUUGCAUUUAUAGAUAAUUUCUUUGUUAUUAAUGGUGAGUAUCUGAAUCUAAAGGGAUUUUUAGUUCCAUA